UCUAUCACUUGCCAAGUCCAAGACUCUACCAAUAGACCGCUAAAGGGAGUUUAUGCUACUCUUAAACUCGUCGAACCGCUACAUCCAACCGACAUAUAUUCCGGCCAGACCGAUGAUAAUGGUGACAUCAGAGAUUGGCGUCUAAUGAAAGACGAAGACGACGAAAACAAACAAGGAACCCCUAUCUGGGGUGUGCCAGGGAGCACUUGGCACAUUGUUGUCUGUGUGGAAUCCAAUAAAUUGCCUGGCAACACUUAUCCCAUCAACAAACCCCACCCGAACUUCUCGGUCACGGCUUCAGCAUAUCACAACGUGAACCUCCGCGUAUCUAGCAGGCGAUACCCUACACCUUAUCCUACUCUGGAAUAUCCUCAACCACGCCGCAUAUACCCUACGGCCAUGGUGGAUUUGCCAGAAGCGCUCCCGGAUUUGGACGACACAGUUAGUUCGAUUACGACUCUAGAUUCUGAUGGAGCCAGCUCGGAUUCCUUCACGCCCAACUUCUCCACGCCGAACUUUUUGGGACCCGACUUUUCGGCUCCGGUUAAUCCCAUGCUACCUUUGAUCCGGUCCCCGUCCCCUAUUUCCCCUACCAGUUCAUCUAAACCCCCGCCCAAGCCGGUACUUACGCCUAUCCGCCUUACCUCUCCAGACUUUAUUUCUCUUCUUGAAGAGAGUCUGAAUGAUGGUGAAUGGCUGAAGAGUCCUGAAGUCCCAAACAGGGUCUCUCGCAAACGGAGGAGGGAUACCCUCGAGAAGGAUACCCUCGAUGAAGCAGUAGUGGUACCUCGGAGGUCUGAAAGGUUGAUAAAGAAGGCUCGGAAAUAGUAGGAGAAAGAAGGUGUAGAAUAUUAGUUUGGAAAAUCGUUUCUAUGUUUUGUAGUAAACUAUACUUA